CCGCACUAAUUAAAUGCCAUCUGGGUGGUUCCUCUGGGUUUUUGAGCCCAUCACCCAGUUCAGACCGAGUCAGAGGCCAAGGAGGAGAACAUGAUGAUGGACCUUUUUGAAACUGGCUCCUAUUUCUUCUACUUGGACGGGGAAAAUGUUACCCUGCAGCCAUUAGAAGUGGCAGAGGGCUCGCCUUUGUACCCAGGGAGUGAUGGUACCUUGUCCCCCUGCCAAGACCAAAUGCCCCCGGAAGCUGGGAGCGACAGCAGCGGGGAGGAACACGUCCUGGCGCCCCCCGGCCUGCAGCCCCCCCACUGCCCCGGCCAGUGUCUGAUCUGGGCCUGCAAGACCUGCAAGAGGAAAUCUGCGCCCACCGACCGGCGCAAAGCCGCCACCCUGCGCGAGAGGAGGCGCCUCAAGAAGAUCAACGAGGCCUUCGAGGCGCUCAAGCGGCGCACGGUGGCCAACCCCAACCAGCGGCUGCCCAAGGUGGAGAUCCUGCGCAGCGCCAUCAGCUACAUCGAGCGGCUGCAGGACCUGCUCCACCAGCUCGAUCAGCAGGAGAAGAUGCAGGAGCUGGGGGUGGACCCCUUCAGCUGCAGACCCAAGGCGGAGAGCCUGGAGGGGGCGGACUUCCUGCGCACCUGCAGCGCCCAGUGGCCAAGUGUUUCGGAUCAUUCCAGGGGGCUCGUGAUCACUGCCAAGGAAGGAGGAACCCCGAGCGGGGACCCGCCGGCCUCCAGCAGCCUCCGGUGCCUGUCUUCCAUCGUGGACAGCAUCUCCUCGGAGGAGCGCAAGCUGCCGUGCGCCGAGGAGGUGGUGGAGAAGUAGCCCGCAGCGCAGGCUGGGCCGCGUCCACGCCCCCCCCCCACACACACACACAGUGGGUCACCCUACACCUGCUGCAGAAACCCGCACCCAGGAGCGAGCGCAGGGCAGGGACACCUGGGGGGGGGGGGGACACUUCUCAGAAACUGUCCUGCGCUCCAAGGGCGAAGCCUCCGGCUUUGGAAGCGAGUGGCUUAGGUCUAGCAGGCUGCUUGGGCUUCGUGUGCUUAGUUGUGUAACGUGUUACUUUGGUGACGGUGCCCCUUCUGGGCCACACUCAAAAAAAAAAAAAAAAAAGAAAAAGAAGUUCAUUCCUGUCUCAAGCGACGUGGGAACGUUAGUGGUACUGAAUGUAUUUUGUAAAUGAUCUUAGGACUCUUUCUUUUUUAUGUAAACCUAAGAAAUAUAUUUUAAAUGUGGAGUGACGGGGUGCAUAUGACAUGUGCGAGGAUCCUGACACUGUCAUAUUAAAAAAGCGAAGUUUCUUUAUG